UGUAAUCCCCUGUAGUCCAGCAGCAUCCUCCCGCCCUCGCGCUUUUUUGGCUCAAGGGCAAAUCGAGGUGCGUCUGUCCCGAUGAGCAACAGCUGAAGACAGCGCGGGCUCCUCUCCUCUUACCGCGGCUCGGGACUUUUCCACUGUGGGAUGAAAACGAAAAAGCCGCUUAAAUGGAAGGAGAGAAAACAACUUAUGUGUCGCACCUAGGAGAAGGUUAAAAAUGUGCAACAUAAGGUGAUUAGACCUCCGGUGUUUGUGUAGGAGUCAGUUUGAGCGUUAAACUUUGCUUUGGAGUGUUUGUCCACAAUGAAGCGGAAUAAGCCUUGAAGAAAAGACAUGGAUUUUGCACGGAGGGUUUGGCUGUGGUUUUUACUGCAACUUCAAGAACUUUACUCUGAAAAUGAUGCUGUAAAUCUCAGAGUUUCAUACCUGUAAGUAAAUUCUUGUACAGGAGAAUCAGGAUGAAAAGAUGGCAGCCAUGCUGUUACCAACGGGUCCUGAUGGCUUGCGGCGGUUCACUCGCGAAUCCUUGGCUGCCUUGGAGCAGCGGAUUGUGGAGGAGCGGGCCAAGAACGCCAAGGGUUGCCAGGAGACUCAAAAGAACGCAGAGCCGCCCAAACCCCGGGCCGACCUGGAGGCAGGCAAGCAGCUGCCGCGCAUCUACGGCGAAAUCCCCCCAGACCUCAUUGGAGUGCCGCUGGAAGACAUUGAUCCAUUUUAUUACAAGAACCAGAGGACGUUUAUAGUACUCAACAAAGGAAAAGCCAUCUUCAGAUUCAGUGCCACAUCUGCACUUUACAUAUUUACUCCAUUUCACCUGAUCAGAUCAAUUUCCAUCAAAAUCUUAGUCCAUUCAUUGUUUAGCUUGUUCAUAAUGUUCACCAUACUGACCAACUGUUUCUUCAUGGCCAUGUCAGACCCAGCACAAUGGACCAAGUAUCUGGAGUACACUUUUACUGCCAUUUACACUUUCGAGUCAGCGAUCAAGAUAUUAGCGAGAGGAUUCUGCAUAGUGCCGUUUACGUUCCUGAGAGACCCAUGGAACUGGCUGGACUUCUCGGUCAUUGUCAUGGCAUAUGUGACCGAGUUUGUAGAUCUUGGAAAUGUCUCUGCUUUAAGAACCUUCAGAGUUCUACGAGCACUAAAGACUAUCUCAGUUAUCCCAGGCCUGAAGACUAUCGUUGGCGCUUUGAUCCAGUCUGUGAAGAAACUGGCAGACGUGAUGAUCCUGACUGUCUUCUGCCUCAGUGUGUUUGCCCUCAUUGGCCUGCAGCUGUUCAUGGGGCUCCUGCGACAAAAGUGCAUCCGCAGCCUCGCACACUGCAUAAACUCUUCCUACAAUCCCAACGAAACCUUCAUCUGCAACAACAGAACCUGGAGCUCCACAGAAGACUUCCUCAGCAGCGAAGAUAAUUUCUACAAAAUUGAAGGAGCAAAGGAUGCCUUAAUAUGUGGAUAUGGAAGUGAUGCAGGGAAGUGUCCAGAUGGAUUCGACUGCCUAAAAGUAGGAAGAAAUCCCAACUAUGGCUACACCAGCUUUGAUACGUUCGGCUGGGCUUUUCUGGCCCUUUUCCGUCUCAUGACACAAGACUAUUGGGAAAAACUGUUCCACCAGACCCUGAGAUCAGCAGGGAAGACCUACAUGAUUUUCUUUGUGCUGGUGAUCUUCUUGGGCUCCUUCUACCUGGUAAACUUGAUUCUGGCUGUAGUAGCCAUGGCCUAUGAGGAGCAGAAUCAGGCAACCAUUGCUGAGGCCUGGCAGAAGGAGAGGGAGUUUCAGCUGGCAAUGGAACACCUACGAAGAGAGCAAAGAUUGGCAGCAAGAAGACAAGCUCAGGAGACGGACUCUGUGUUGUCCCCAGAGUUGUCUCCUUUUUGCCUCAAAGCAGGAAGUAUACGGCGAAGCAGCAGUAGAAGAAGAAGAUCUCACAGGGCUCUGUCGGAGGAAACAGCAGAAGAAGCUGCUGAAGAGAAGUGUGACCCACCAGAGGAGCUGAUGCCUCCUCCGUCUCCUCUGCCAGCCCACCCUCUGCUGGCUACGCUCUCCUCUCACCCCCUCAGCACCAGAAGAGGAAGCCAGAUCAGCAUCUUCAGCGCUUUCCGGACGCGGAUGAACUCAGAGGCUGAUGCUGACGAUGAGUACAGUAUUCAUGGGGACGUCUUCAGGAGUCGCGCCAGCUCCAUGGCGACACCCUGGAAAAGGAGGACGGGCAGCGUUAGGAGUCACUGCUCACAGAUUUUAACCCCGAGCCUCAACGUCAACGGGCGGCUCAACGUCUCCCUGGACCAGAACGGAGUCAACUCUUUGGGCCUGCACACUCCAACAUCCAUACCUACACAUAGCAUGGAGAGGGUCAGGGAGGACACAAGGCCCAUCAGUUCAGAGGACACAGUUCCCAGACCUCCCCUCCAGCCUUCCCCCACCGUGACAGAGCCUCCUCCAGUCCACAGAAAAAGGGGCCUGAGCUCUGUCAGCUUCCUCAGUGAUGCUAUGGAUGAGCUUGAGGAGUCAAGGCAAAAGUGUCAUCCCUGCUGGUACACGUUUGCAAAGAAGUACUUGAUAUGGGUCUGCUGCCCCCAGUGGCUUAAGAUGAAGGAAUUGGUCAAGUUUAUGGUGAUGGAUCCUUUCCUGGAUUUAGGAAUCACCAUAUGCAUUGUGCUAAACACCCUUUUUAUGGCUCUGGAGCACUACCCCAUGACCGAGGAGUUCAACACCAUGCUCUCCGUGGGUAAUCUGGUAUUUACAGGAAUCUUUACAGCUGAAAUGAUCCUGAAGCUGAUUGCCCUCGAUCCAUAUUAUUACUUCCAGCAGGGGUGGAACAUCUUUGAUGGCAUUAUUGUUUGCCUUAGUCUGAUGGAGUUGGGACUUUCUAAUGUGGAGGGACUUUCUGUCCUGCGAUCAUUUAGAUUGUUAAGAGUUUUCAAGCUGGCAAAAUCCUGGCCCACUCUCAACACACUCAUAAAGAUCAUUGGCAACUCAGUGGGUGCGCUGGGAAACCUGACACUGGUCUUGGCAAUCAUCGUCUUCAUUUUCGCUGUGGUGGGCAUGCAGCUGUUUGGCAAGAACUACCAAGACUGUGUAUGUAAGAUUUCCAUUGACUGUCAGCUGCCUCGCUGGCACAUGAAGGACUUUUUCCACUCCUUUUUGAUUGUGUUUCGGGUGCUAUGUGGCGAGUGGAUCGAGACCAUGUGGGAUUGUAUGGAAGUGGCUGGGCAGCCCCUCUGCAUCCUGGUGUUCAUGCUGGUCAUGGUCAUAGGGAAUCUGGUGGUGCUGAAUCUGUUCCUGGCUCUGCUGCUCAGUUCCUUCAGUUCUGACAACCUCUCUGCUCCAGAUGAAGAUGGUGAUUUGAACAACAUUCAGGUCGCUAUCGCCCGCAUUCACAGCGGUUUCUCCUGGCUUGGCUCAAUUAUUGCCAGCAUCUUCAAUCGUGGAUUUAGGGGUCGAAAGCAGAAGGCCAAAGAGGGCAGUCAGGACAUCAAGCUGGUUGGUAAUCAUGUGGAAAGCAAUGGAGGAAUUAUUGGGAGCUACGGUGAGAAGUACAUAGUACCAGAAGAGGACAGCUACAUGACCAACCCAAACCUGACUGUGAUCGUUCCCAUCGCUCCUGGAGAGUCAGAUGUGGAGUUUCUUGAAGAGGAGGAGAUUUCAGAGUCAUCUGAUGAUGAAGACAAUAAGCCAGAGAAGAUCAGCCUGUCCGAAGGCAGCACAGUGGACCUGAGGAAGCCAGGAGAGGAGGUGGACAAUCUAUCGGUGAUGGCUGAAGAGAGUAUGGAGCCAGAAGAAUGCUUCCCAGAAUUUUGCAUGAGGCACUGUCAGUGCUGUGACAUUGACAACAGCCAAGGUCUGGGCCAGGUCUGGUGGAGGCUGAGAAAGACCUGCUAUCAGAUUGUGGAGCACAGCUGGUUUGAGACGUUUAUCAUCUUCAUGAUCCUGCUCAGCAGUGGGGCUCUGGCGUUUGAAGAUAUCUACAUUGAGAAGAGAAAGGUCAUUAAGGUGGUGUUGGAAUACGCCGACAAGAUCUUUUCUUACAUUUUUGUGCUGGAGAUGUUCCUCAAGUGGACUGCAUAUGGCUUUAAGAAAUACUUCACCAACUACUGGUGCUGGCUUGACUUUCUUAUCGUGGAUAUUGCCACAGACCGCUCUAUUGUUAGGGUGUCCUUAAUAAGCCUGGUAGCUAACUCGCUGGGAUAUUCUGACUUUGCUGCUAUCAAAUCCCUGAGAACUCUGCGGGCUCUUAGACCUCUUAGAGCAUUGUCCAGAUUUGAGGGCAUGCGGGUGGUUGUGAACGCGCUCAUAGGAGCCAUCCCUUCCAUUAUGAACGUGCUGCUUGUGUGUCUUAUCUUCUGGCUCAUCUUCAGCAUCAUGGGCGUCAACUUGUUCGCAGGCAAGUUCGGCAAGUGCGUGAACAGGACUGGGUUCAUCCACAGCGUGUCUGUAGUCAACAACAAGUCUGAGUGCCUCUCCAUAAACGACACGCAGUUCUACUGGACAAAGGUGAAGGUCAACUUCGACAACGUGGGACUCGGAUACCUUUCCCUUCUCCAAGUGGCCACAUUUAAAGGAUGGAUGGAGAUCAUGUAUGCAGCUGUUGACUCAAGAGGAGUGGAGGAACAACCUGUCAGGGAAAUCAACCUCUACAUGUACAUUUAUUUUGUUGUGUUCAUCAUUUUUGGCUCCUUCUUCACUCUCAAUCUUUUCAUCGGUGUCAUUAUUGACAAUUUCAACCAACAGAAACGAAAGAUAAGUGGUCAGGAUAUUUUCAUGACUGAAGAACAGAAGAAGUAUUACAAUGCGAUGAAAAAGUUAGGAUCAAAGAAGCCGCAGAAGCCAAUACCAAGGCCUGCGAACGUUGUCCAAGCUUUCUUCUUCGACCUUGUGUCCCAACAAGCCUUCGACAUCAUGAUCAUGAUGCUCAUCAUCGUCAACAUGGUGACCAUGAUGGUGGAAACCGAUGAGCAGUCAGCGCGCAUGGAGUCAAUUCUCAACAAGAUUAACCUGGUCUUUAUCGUGAUAUUCACCACCGAAUGCCUGAUUAAGAUUUUCGCCCUCCGCUGUUACUUCUUCACAGUCGCUUGGAACAUCUUUGAUUUUGUGGUGAUAAUUCUCUCUAUUGUUGGCAUUGUUCUUGCAGACAUCAUUGAGAAGUAUUUUGUAUCUCCCACCCUGUUUCGAGUCAUCAGACUGGCAAGGAUUGGACGUGUACUUCGACUUAUACGUGCAGCCAAAGGAAUAAGGACUUUACUGUUUGCCUUAAUGAUGUCCAUGCCAGCUCUGUUCAACAUUGGCCUCCUGCUCUUCCUCGUCAUGUUCAUCUAUGCGAUCUUUGGUAUGGCGAACUUUGCCUACGUGAAAAAACAAGAUGGGAUUGAUGACAUGUUCAACUUUGAGACCUUUGGGAAUAGUAUGAUCUGCCUUUUUCAGAUCAGCACAUCCGCAGGCUGGGAUAACCUCCUGAGCCCCAUCAUGUCCAGCUCCCCUGACGAGUGUGACGUUAACUUUGUCAAUACUGGCACUAACACUCGGGGAAACUGUGGCAGCCCCUCGGUGGGCAUCGCUUUCUUUGUCAGUUACAUAAUCAUUUCUUUUCUCAUUGUGGUGAACAUGUACAUAGCUAUCAUUCUAGAGAAUUUUAGCGUUGCCACAGAGGAAAGUACGGAGCCUCUGAGUGAGGAUGACUUUGAGAUGUUUUACGAGGUUUGGGAGAAGUUUGAUUCCGAAGCCACACAGUUCAUUGAGUUCUCCAUGCUGUCGAACUUCGCUGACAAUCUGUCGGAGCCACUGCGCAUAGCCAGGCCCAAUAUGUCCAAGCUCAUAUCAAUGGACCUCCCCAUGGUCAGCGGGGACAGGAUUCACUGCUUGGACAUCCUGUUUGCCUUCACAAAACGAGUCCUGGGUGAGUCCGGAGAAAUGGACGCACUCAAACAGCAGAUGGAGGAGAAGUUCAUGAUAGCAAACCCCUCUAAGAUUUCCCACGAACCCAUCACUUCCACGCUGCGUCACAAACUGGAGGAGGUGUCUGCCAUCGUCAUCCAGAGGUGUUACAGAAGGCAUCUGGUUCGCCGGCAGGUGAAGCAGGCAUCGUACCUUUAUAGACAAAUAAAUUACGAGACUGUGGUGGAUGUGGAGAAUGCUCCAGAAACAGAAGGGCUGAUAGCCUCCAUGAUACAGCACUAUGGGCCAGUGGGGGAAGAGACAGCAGAGGACCCUCUAAUGUCCCUACCACCAUCCUACGACAGUGUGACCAGAGCGACCAGCGACCUCUCUGAGGUCGCCAGAUCAAUAGCCAGAGAAUCUGAACUUGAGGUGUCCGGUGAAAACUACGAGGAAACGUUUCUUUGAGACUUAAUUGUUUGGCUGUGACAGUGGCUGUGUCAUUUUGUUUGUUGUUGUUUACAGCUGAGAAUACAAAGCAAAAUAACUCACAAUCUAACAAAUGAAUUAACAUUAAUUAGCAGACAAGAAGGAAAAAAAUGUAUGCAGUGAUGUUUAUUAAGUCACAACCCUGUUUACACUGAAUAAUAUGAAAUGAAACAGGUUUCAACCCCAUCUAAAGAAUUAAAACUUGUCAGCAAGUUUGAUAACAUGAUAUAUUAUUAUACCUCAAAAUAGCUGUUACCUGCAGCUUUAUAAGGACAAAGGUCAAAUGUCUCAUAAUACUUAUUAAUAGGUACGUGUUGCAGCUCAACAUAUUUUGCAGAACAAUUUCAACAAAUGCAGUGGGGUUCAAAAGAAAGAUUGUUGUCUUUUAAGUGAUGUUGAGAGAUGUUGAUUAUCCUUAAAUUGAUAACUAGCACACUAGUUAUUCCUUGAACACUUGUACAGCUGAAUUUGUAUUACAGUAGGAGCAAAACAUCUUUCUUUAGACCUGAGGACAUAAGUGACAUCUGUGUAAUGCUAACAAGUGGAAGAUAAAGAACAUACAAUAGCACCUUUUGUAUCAGAUCACCCAAAUUUUACAUGAGCACAGGUUUUAAUGUACAUAAAAAUAUUUAUUUCCAUUGUUCAACAUAACUGAAUUCUGGCCUUCCAAAUGGUCUAAUUUGAGAAGAAUAAGAAUAAAAAUAAGAAAACCUUUAAUAGUCCCACAGUGAAAUUGCGUCACACAACGGCACAAUACGGAGAAGAAAAUAAAAUACAGCAGCAAGAAUUAACACAGUAUAACAAAAAAAUUGAAAUCUUCUAUUUAUUUUUUGCAGUAGCUUUGUCACAUCUCUCAGUGCUAUUUGCCUUUUUAUGAACUGAAUUAUUACAAUAACACAGAAAGCACAGUUAGUAAUGCAAGUCAGGUUUAGUGAAUUACAGCUGCUCAUGCACGCUUUUUAAAUUUUGGUGAUCGGACACAAAAGGUGCCACAUUACGUUUAAUGCCUCUAGAGGUAUAGAUAAAAAUAAAAUAAAAGAUGAAAAUCCAAAUUAAAAUACAUGUUUUGAUCCUGUCUCAGUCUGCAGCUCAGUGCCAGUCCAGUACUUUUGUAAGAGACUGUACCUGCACUUUGGCUGAAUGAAGGUGCUUUGUAGCGCAGGUGAUAGGACUCAGAGCUGCUGCUGUGUAUCACUUUUACAACAUAUUUGAACGUGAAUCUCGCCUGGAAAAAGCACAAGCACAGAUUUGACAGUUGACUUCAAGACAGUCUGUAAUAAUCCCUGAAUUAUGUGCCUGAUAUUAAUCAUUGUCCGCACACGUCUCUGAUUCUCUCUAGACCAUAAUAAUCUAAUCUGAUGGAUGAGGAUUAAAUUGGAUGAAUGCAUUUGUAAUUAACAUUGUAAAGAGCUUUGAGGCUGUGUAAUGUAUGUAAAGGUAAUUUUUACUUAUUUUUUGUAAGGUAUUUAUAUUGAAGAGGCCAUUUCAGUGACUCAUGAUAACAUUGAUGAGCAAAUUAUAGAAAGAUACUGUGUUCAUUUUUAUAUAAAAGACCUUCCUUGACAACCUGAUGUCUGUAUUGCACUUAGGUUAAGCACUUCAUCAACUGUUUUACUGAAUCUUAAUAAAAGCUUUU